UUCAUUGUGUUUUAAUGUAACAAUCUGGUUAUCACUUAUGCUCUGAAAUUGCUGUAAGCGAUUUUUUAAAAAAAAAAAAUCUGCGACUAUCUUAACGUUUUAAAAGUUGUAAAGCUUUUGACAAAGACGUGAACAUAGUCGCUUUACAUUUCAACUGAAGAUUUAUACUUCUAUAAUUAUGCAGUGGUGUUGGUUUGUCAUACUUUGUCUACCUUAUCUCUGUUUCAGUACAGCAAGACCUUGGAAUGUCGACGAUCUCGAAACAGGAGUUGAUGUCAUUCCUCAAGCAUCAUCCCCAUUAACCACAACCAUCGACUCAAUGACAUCCAGCUUUUCAAAAGCUCUAAAAACAGCAUCUCCAAAUCUGACUCCAGUAUUAAGCGUUUCCGCUCUCGCGUAUGUUGGUUACGUAGGAUCUGUGAUGCUUUUCCCAACAACGUUAAAAGAAGUUGGUAUACCAGUUUUGCAUGAUUUUAAAUUUGAACCCAGAUCAAUUAGGACAUCAGAAUCUGGUUUAAUAGAUUCAUUGGCGACUGGCUUCAUGAAAGAUAUGAUUGGCAGAACAGAAGCUGCAGAUAUUUUGCGAAAUACGAGUGUAAAUGCGAUUAGAGGUGGCGCAGGUACGUUAAGAAAAACUACUAGAUUUAUAAACAACGGACUUGAUUCUUUUCGAGGAAUAGUGGAUAGAGUGAUUACAGCUCUAAGUCCAGAAUGCCUUGCAAGGACAAUGUGCCAGAUAGGACAGUUUACUAGUAUCCAUAUGCCUGCAAUAGGUCCGGUACUGAGAACUAUAAAUGUCGUCGAUUUAGAUGAUUAUUCCCAAGCUCUCAUUGAGGGGACAACAAUUGGUGACUGCAGUGCGGUCUACUAUCAAUGUCCACUUGAAGUGUAAAAAAAGAAAUCUAAAAGAAUUUCAAACUACACUCGACUUCACAUUUACUGGACAGUUCUUGUAAGGACACAAAAUAUAACAGGAAAUUUUAUGAAUAACGUGUACUCGUAUUGGAUGAGAAAUCUUGUUUUUAAUAUUUUAAUUAUGAAUUUGUUUGAUUGUUUUGAAUUGGAUUCAUUCGAAAGUGUAUAUUUCUAUGGUAUACACUUUAUUUUGCCGAUUUUUCGAUUUUUAUAAUAAAGAUAAAA